AUGAAUCAAAGAUUCUAUAUUCUGACCGCCUCGAACAACGGAAAUUUGUUGACUCUGGGUGGAGCAGAAUUUCAAGCGACCAUAUCUGGCCCUGCAUACAUCACAUCCAACUCUGUAGAUGGUCAGGACGGUACAUAUUUCAUAGAUUUCUUGGCAACUCGUUCAGGAGAGUAUGUCGCCAGAGUAUUUCAAUUGCCUCAAGAUAUCGGAGGAAGCCCUGCCUCCUUCGCCGUCCUUCCCGGUCCCUCGUUCCCAGCUAACACGCUGGUCUCCUUGCAAGACGGGCAGGUGGUGACGGCAGGGCUGGCUUUCUCUUUCACAGCGCAAGCUCGAGACGAGUACGGCAACGCGCGAGGAGAAGGAGGGGAUGGUGUAGAGAUCGCUUUCAGACAUGCCAGCGGGGGAAGUGUACAGGUAUCGGUCCUUGACUUUGCAAAUGGCACAUAUGCUGUCGUCUUCUCUGUCACCGUAAGCGGCUCUUACUCCCUCUCCGUCCGUCUUGGCAGUCAAGAUAUCGGAGGAAGCCCUGCCUCCUUCGCCGUCCUUCCCGGUCCCUCGUUCCCAGCUAACACGCUGGUCUCCUUGCAAGACGGGCAGGUGGUGACGGCAGGGCUGGCUUUCUCUUUCACAGCGCAAGCUCGAGACGAGUACGGCAACGCGCGAGGAGAAGGAGGGGAUGGGGUGGAGAUCGCUUUCAGACAUGCCAGCGGGGGAAGUGUACAGGUAUCGGGUCUAGACUUGCAGACCGGCGAGUACAGCUUCAGCGCGCUCCUCACAGCGAGUGGCACCUACACC